AUGAGCAAUCAGGCGUCCACCGAAACUCAUCAUAUCGAGCCAUGGAAACUCACGGCUUCUGAAGCUCUUGGGAAGAUCCAGGCAAAUGAGACUUCAGUCCAAGAGUAUGCCGAGUCCUUAUUUGAGAGAAUCAAGGCACGCGACGAAGACGUCAAAGCGUGGGCUUACCUGGACGAGAAGAGGGUCAUGCAGGAAGCAAAGCUUCUAGAUGAGAUCCCUAAGAAAGAUAGAGGACCUCUUCAUGGACUUCCAAUCGCCGUAAAAGAUGUCAUUUACACAAAAGACAUGCCUACUCAGUUCAACUCGCCACUAUACGAUGGCCAUUUUCCCGAGACAGAUGCUGCUUCCGUACGAAUCCUUCGUCAUGCUGGUGCCCUCAUCUUCGGUAAAACAACUACGACUGAGUUCGCUGCUAUCCAUGUCGGCCCCAAGACUCACAAUCCUCAUGACCCUCUACGCACCCCAGGCGGAUCGUCCAGCGGCUCCGGAGCUGCUGUUGCCGAUUUUCAAGCUCCCAUGGCUCUUGGGACACAGACAGGCGGCUCCCUGAUCCGCCCCGCGUCAUUCAAUGGGAUCUAUGGGUUCAAGCCAACCUGGAACUCUGUGUCUCGCGAAGGUCAGAAGAUAUAUGCUCUUAUGUACGACACUCUUGGAUGGUAUGCACGAUCUAUCGAAGAUCUGAUCCUCCUGGCCAAUAUCUUUGAUCUUCGAGACGACGAAGACGACGAUCUGUCUUUUCAAGGCAUCGCAGGUGCACGUUUCGCAAUCUGCAAGACGAGCAUCUGGCCCAUGGCUGGUCCUGGAACGCAAAAAGCUCUCGCCCGCGCUGCAGAUCUUCUUAGAUUACACGGGGCAAAAGUUGAAGAAAUUAACCUCUCUGCUGAGUUCGAUGAUGUGCCAGAGUGGUAUCGUAUUGGGCUUCACACCGAGGGCCGUACCUCUUUCCUACCAGAGUAUCGAGUUGGAAAGGACCAGAUCGGCCAAGUCUUGAUCGAGCACGUCGAGAACGCCGACAAUUUCACUCACAAAACGCAACUAAUGGCUAGCGAUAGCUUGGCUGCCAUGAGGCCUGUAUUCGACUUUAUUGCCUCACAGUAUGCAGCCAUCAUCACACCGAGUGUACCAGACGAGGCCCCUGUUGGUCUGAAGACUACAGGAAGCCACAUUUUCUGCGCAAUGUGGAGUGGCCUUCAUGUCCCAGUCCUGAAUGUGCCAGGCUUCAAGGGUGACCACGGCAUGCCCAUCGGUCUUUCCCUCGUCGCACCACGAUAUCGUGACCGCCACCUCUUGGAAGUCGGCAAAGCGGUCGGUGAAAUCUUUAAAGCCGAAGGUGGUUGGAAGAACAAGUUGGGCGACGGAAAGACAAGGGGACCAUGCUAA